AUGAAGACUCGGAAGCGGGCAAAGACCACUGGCCUUGCCAAAUUCAAGGCAUUUGUUGAGUCAGAAGAUGAGGAGGACUCGGUCACUCAGCCAAUUUCACAUGGGGUUUCGGAGGUCGUCCUCCCCUGGCUCUCCCCAGAUGUUGCAAGGACGUCCAGAUCACCUUGGUCACCCCGGAGCCCAAAGAAGAAACCCUUCGGGCCUGCUAUGGCAAUUGCUGGCAAACGUCCGGAGGUCAUCGAGCCCCCUCAGGCAACUCCCGAACCUAUGGUAGAGGCACCCCCAGUUAUUGACGCAGGUGAUAUACUCAUUCCUGGACCCGUAAGUACACCAUUGAGACUUGGUGUGUCUAUGAACUGA